UGGAGGCGUGCCGCCCGCCGCGGGGCCGGGCGGGGCGAGGCGAGGAAGCCGCACGACGGAAGCGGCCGUCUACUGAUCGUAUAAAAGAGACGGCUCUGGUCCAGGUCGACACAGAGCGAAGCAAAUCACUCAUCACAGCAACAUGUCUCGAGUCCUGAUCGUGUGCGCCGUUUUGGCCUGCUUCUUGGCGGUCGCCUACGCCCAGUGGGGCAUGGGUGGUAAUAUGGGUGGCAUGGGCCGAGGCAUGGGCGGCCAGGGCGGCUAUGGAGGCCAGGGCAUGGGUCGACAGGGUAUGGGAGGAUACAACGGCAUGGGCCAGGGUAUGGGUAUGGGUCGACCUGGUAUGCAGGGAGGCGGCUACGGCGGCAUGAACGGCAUGUACGGCAUGGGCGGCAUGGGGCGCUAGAGAUAGCGGGGCAUCAUGGACUGGAUGCGCCAAGCACCCUCCCGCAGCAGAAGCCCACCUCCAGCCAACUCCACGCAACUUGACUGAACAACUCGAUUCAACCGUCUCGCUGCGAAGUGCUUGACUGAACCGUCCUAUUUGACCCCCAUGUCUUUGUUCAUCCACCCUACACUCCGAAAUAAAAUGUUUUAUAAAACCCAGAGAA